GUCUAAGUGUGGCUUCUUCUCUGCUUGUUUGCUCUCGAACCGUACGGUAUGGUACCGGUAUCAUCAGAGACCAGAGGUGCAAUCGAGUGAUGUCUUUUUCUGCCGGUCUUCCGGCGGUUUGCUCCAAUGAAGAAUUGACGCCACUGACGUACCAAAGUCGCGAAUGAUUUGAGUCACAACUCCAUUUGACUCCAUUCUGUUCUUUUCGACGGCCUUCGAUCUAAAAUCUUCCAUGCAGGUCUUCCAUUCUCAAGAACGAUCAAAGCUCAAAGGCAAGGCCAAAGUAGAAGUCAAGAAAGGAGAGCAACAGCAACUACUGUACCACUACCUGAUAGACAUGCUAGCAGUACAACGACUAUUAGCAAGGAAGAUCCAUCUUCCAGCCAAUGGUACGGUCCGACAAUUCCAGAGCCUGGCCGAGUUCAACGUUUGGAAAGAUGAUGUGAGAGCUUCCAAGCUGCCCAAACCCGACAACUUGGAGCAUCUUACCCUGCGAGAAUCGGCUCCCUUUUUGCAUUCCGUGUCUCCCAUGGCCGAUCACUUACAACUAGCGGGCACUUUCAGUAACGCCACAAUUAUCAGCACAAGUAGCAGUUUGGAAACACCCAAAUCUCCGCGAGAUGCCCUGUUGCAAUGUACGUACCCAUUGGAAACCGAUGCUCUACUCCGAAACAGUGUGACGGAUUUCUCCAAUUGGUCCUCGUUUCGACUGGGCAAGUUCUACGAAGCCGUCGAUGCCUUGACGGCCGAUGUGGCAUAUCGACACUGUGGGGAUAUCCACGGGGAACACGUCACUUUGGUGACGGCUGGCCAUUACCAUUCCCGAAAAUUCCAAAAAACCAACAUUCAAAAAGACGUUGCAAUGAGAUCCUACGUGACCAGUGUGGGCACGUCCUCCAUGGAAAUUCGAACCGAUGCCAUUCAAAACGACAAUAAUGAAGAAGAAAUAUUGGUCAAUGUCUGUCAUACCAUCAUGGUGGCGCUCGAUACGGAAACUGGCAAGACGCUCGGCAAAGUGGGACGAAGGAUUCCGGAGCUUGUAUUGGAAACCAAAGACGAUGAACAGCGCCAAUCCUUGGCCCAGCAACAUGCCCAAAUUCGCAAGGAAAGAGCUGCACAUGCCAUGCAGUUGCGGUCGCCUGUUUCCAUGCCACCCACACUGGAAGAAUUCCAACAAUUACACCAACUCCAUCAAGCCCGGGCUCUCCAACAACUUCUCGAAAAUGCUACUACUACCGACAACAAUCCACCCAGAGUAGCAGACUACACCUUUCGCAGUUCCACCGUCGUUUUCCCCGAAAACCGCAAUGUACACGGCAAACUCUUUGGGGGAUUCAUCAUGGAAGAAGGGGAAAAGCUAGCGCAAUACACGGCGUCGUUCUUCUCCAAAGGAGAGCCCAUCGUUCCUCUGGGGAUUGAUGAAGCCAUCUUCUUGCAACCCAUUGCCAUUGGAGACAUGGUCACAUUUACCGCCCGACUGGUGCAUUCCACCAGUAAUACCUGUCGGGUAUUGGUAUUGGUGGAAGUGCGAGACCCAGCCAAUCGGGACAAGGUGCCAUUGCGCUCCAAUAGGCUCCUGUUUGUCUUUUGUGGAGACGACUUUCCAAAAGAAAAGGUAAUUCCAGAAACCUACUCGGAAAUACUCAUGCAUGUGGAUGCACAGAGACGACAGAACGUCGAAGGACCCACGCAAGAGGAAGCACAAGCCAUUCUAGAAGAGUCGCAGAGACUCCGAAACGAACAACUAUAGAAAGUGAAAGACCACCAACAAUUUUGAACUGACAAAUGCUCUAAUCUAAUAAAUACUGAGAUUGAUUGCAGAGUAGUAAACCAAUAGAAUGUAUCCAAACUGUU